UUAUUUUAGAAGUCUCAAGAAGUAAUACACAAAAGUUAGGACAACAAUGACAAAAAUUACAAUCAUAAAUUGCAUCAUUGCAGCUGUUUACAUUUUUCAAACAGCAGAGGCAAGAUUUUUUGAUAAAUCACCAUUAGAUAGUGUACAAAAUCCAAUUUCAAAUAUCAUUGAAAAAGUAAAAUUGGGAAAAGAUGGAAUCCAAAAUGAAAAGGUAGCUUAUGAUAGAUUAACAGAUGGACUUGUAACACCCGAAACAGGACUUUCAACAUUUGCGUCAUGCAUUAAUACGACUAAUAUUCAACAAGUUAUCGAGCAAAUAACAAAACCUCUUAAUACGUGCAUUAUACAAAAAAUUAAUUCGACUGAAAAAUUGACCAAUUUACUGAAUAAUCUGCAAAAUAUAUCAAAGCUCUUUCAAGAUGUCUUAAAUUGUAUAUUAAAGCCGCCUUUAAAUUUGACAUACUUAAAUGAGGUUGUGAACAAGGUUUCCGAACUAGCUUCCAAAAUAAAUGAAACUGUGAAUGCGGCAUAUGAAGCCAUCGGAACGUUCCCCGAUAUAGGAGUGUGCUUUACAUCAGAAAUUCAGAAAUUACCCGAUCAGUUUAUAAAUCAAAUCAUCCAAAACUUGAUACAAUGUGUCCCAAAUUUUAAGCUACUAUUUAAAUUAUAA